AUAUCGGGGAUGGCGCGAAGAAGAAGGCCCUGGACCCGGCCGCUUUCUACACCCAGAAAUCUUGGGUGUAGACUGCAGCUUCAGCACUUUUGUUAAAUGUCGACAGUUCUUUAUAUGGAUAUGUGACAUCCAUAUAUGGAGUAAAGUGUUAAAAGGGUUCCGUUUUUCAAAAUGGACAAGAUAUUGCAAUUAUUUUGUAGAUUGCAACAAACUUUUUUAAAUAAUAUUAUCUUAAAGCCACAGCAAGUUAAAUGUUUCGAGCAUCUUUUAAAUGGAUAUGAUGUUAUUGGUGUUUUACCUACUGGAUUUGGGAAAUCCUUGUUGUUUCAUUUGUUGGCAGACUUUUUGCCAAGAAAGAGUGUCCAAAAUAUAGUAUUGGUGGUGUGCCCUCUUAAUUCUAUCAUAGAUGACCAGUUGAAAGUUUUAGAAGUGAGAGGUAUUGGUGCUGGGGUGCUUCAUUUGGAGCAAAUAGUUGUGCCUGAAAAAUUGUUUUCGUGUGAUGAGAAUGGUGAGCCUGAAAUACCAAUUUCAAUUAAAAAUGGCGAAUUAAAACUCACCCAGAAUCUCUGCUUAGUGUCAGAGGACAAGAAUUGCUAA